AUGAAGCUCGAAAUUGAAGUAAUUUCCAAUGAGAUUAUCAAGCCAUCUUCUCCAACCCCAGAUCACCUUCAUCAUUACCAGCUCUCCUUUCUUGAUCAAAUCUCUCCUCCGGUCUAUAACCCUUUGCUCCUCUUUUAUCCAACAGACGGUGAUGCCAAAAUCAACAACAUAGAGAAAUCGAACCAGCUCAAGCAAUCCUUAUCUGAGACCUUAAAACUUUACUAUCCCUUAGCGGGACGUAUUAGGGACAAUCUUUUCGUAGAAUGCAACGAUGAGGGCGUUCCAUUUUUUCAAGCAGAAGUUAGGUGCCGACUUUCACAAGUUGUUGAGAAUCCAGUACCUAGUGAACUCAACAAGUUGAUCCCAUUUGCACUAGAUGAUGCUGAAGAAUUGCCUCUAGGCAUCCAGUACAACAUCUUUGAGUGUGGUGGAACUGUUAUUGGUUUGGGCAUCUCACACAAAAUUGGAGAUGCAUUAUCACUUUUCACGUUUGUCAAAACUUGGGCCGCCACUGCACGCGAAGAAGCAGAUCUUAUAAUAAGUCCAGAAUUCGUCUCUGCAACACUCUUCCCACCUAUCAACAUAUCAGGGUUUAGACCAGCCACUGGUAUCACUAAAGAGGGUGUUGUGACCAAAAGGUUCGUGUUCUGCUCAUCUUCAAUAGAGACGCUAAGAGAAAAAUACAGUGAAAGUGGAAGCUUGGAAAAUCAGCGACCACCAUCACGUGUUGAAGCCUUGUCAGUAUUCAUGUGGCGUCGCUUCAUGGCUGCCACUAAAGUAGAAUCAAGACCUGAAAGAAUUUACUCCAUGAUUCAUGCAGUGAACCUGCGUUCGAGGAUGGAACCCCCAUUGCCAGAAUACUCCUUCGGAAACUACUAUCGGGUUGCAUUCACAAUUCCAUCCAUUGGCACUGGUGGGGAAAACUACAGUCUUGUCAAUCAGGUCAGAGACUCAAUUGGUAAACUUGACAAACAGUACGUGAAAAAACUGCAAAAGGGCAAUGAGCACUUGGAUUUCAUAAAAGAACAAGCUGCAAGUUUUCUCAAAGGUGAGAUGGUUUCUUUGAACUUCACAAGCUUGUGCAGGUUUCCUUUGUAUGAAGCUGAUUUUGGGUGGGCGAAACCUAUAUGGGUUGGCUCUCCCAGUCUCACUUUCAAGAAUCUAGUUGUUUUCAUGGACACUGCAUCAGGUGAUGGAAUAGAAGCACUUGUGCACUUGAAUGAGGAAGACAUGGUCAAAUUCCAAGAGGAUGAGGAGUUGCUUCGGCACACUGUCCCAACCAUAUGUUAA